AUGAUUCCAUUUCUCGAGGCUGUGUAUGUUGGCCAAACCAGCUUCAUCGUGGCGGCCGACUACUUCCAGGCGCAGUACCCAGGCUCCACUAUCGUGUUCGAUCUCUCGCUCACGUACAUCCUGGUGGCCUUCUGCUCAGUGCUGCUCAACAACGUACUGGUGGAGGCCGUUGACCUGCACAAGCGCAUCCUCUUCGGAUACGUGCUGUCAUUCGUUACGCUGCUGUUCGUCGCCGUCUUCGAGAUCUGGUGGCAGGUGUUCAGCAACACCACCUCGUACGGUGUCAACCUGCUGGCCGUCUCCGUGGUCGCCGUCGGCUGCACAGCUCAGCAGUCGAGCUUCUACGGCUACACGGGCAUGCUGCCGAACCGCUACACCCAGGCCGUGAUGACGGGCGAGAGCGCCGCCGGCGUGCUGGUUUCGACCAGCCGGAUCCUGACGCGGCUGCUGCUGGACGACGUGCGUCUCAACACGCUGGUGUUCUUCUGCUGCUCGCUGCUGCUGGUGGCCGUCUGCUGCGUUCUGCACCAGCUGCUCAGACGGACGGCGUUCGUGCGUCACCACGUGGCAGCCUGCUCGGCCGACCCGCUGUCCGAGACCCAGGCCGGCGAUCAGGUCACACUGGUACGGGGCGGGUGGAACAUCGUGGAGGAGGCGGACGGCAAGGACUACGGGCGGCUCACUCUCGCCUCCAACAGCGACGACUCGGCCUUCCAGUCGACCGAGACGCUGCCGGCCGGCGGCGGCACCCAGGCGCGCUCGGCGACGGUUGCGCCGGGUCUGGCCGUACAUGGUGUCCAUCUGCCUGGCGUACCUGUCACGCUCAGCCUGUUCCCUGGUAUCGAGAGCGAGGUGCACAGCUGCACGCUCGGCUCCUGGAUGCCCGUCGUCCUCAUGGCCAUCUUCAACGUCUCCGACUUCGCCGGCAAGAUCGGCUUCGACAGUCAGACAGAGAGUGGGUGA